AUGUCUCAAAUAGUUGAUGCGUCUGAUUAGAUAUCUCUACUAGAACCAAACAAGGGGUCGUCAUUUGAUGAGAAUCAAUGCCAUAAAAUCUUCUUCUUCUCGUGGGUUUAUCCUAUCUUGAAAGUAAAAGGCUACAUUUAUAUUAAUCCCUCAGGUCGGAAAAUCGAAACCCUUGACUUAGUUUGAUCUCAUAUCGAUUGACAAAAGAAGCAAUAUGAGUAGUUCAUACUAGCGAUUCAUCAGUGUGUUCAACAAAGCAAAUCUAGCAUUAAGUUUAUUCAAUUCCUUCAGAAGUAAGAACAAAAUUAUUGAUUAUUAGAAUAAAUCUUGAUAUGUCUGAUAGCAUACUUGAUUGUGGCGACUUUGUAGUUAUGUCUUCCCAUCAUCACAGCGAAAUCUUAAAAGUAUUUCAUGUAUGAUCAGCCAGAAGAAAGGCCAUUGACUUCUAAUAUGUUUUUUUUUGCGGCUGUUCAGCUCAUAUACAUGUUGUCCCUUUCCUUAAUAAAGCCUUUUCAACAAUUUUUUGCUUCUCUAGUGAGCAUCAAAAUAUAAGGAGCCCUACAAUAAGAAAUUUUGUAAAAGACUCUUAAGUUCCCCAUUUCUCGAUCCCAACAUUAUUCAACUGGGGAACUCAUCAAUAUGUUGUAGGUUGAUAUCACUCAGACUUCAAAUUACUUUUAUAAUGCAAUCAUCUUAUACACUUGUCCAAUCUAACUGGCAUGUGCAGGCAUAGUCUUUUUUGUGACUUUGGGUGAUCAGGCAUUGGUGCCUGCUUUGGGAGCAAUAGUUUAAGCAUUCAUAGGAUUGACUUUUGGUUAUUUUUAUGGUUUAGUUUAAAAAAAAUACAUGAUGGCCAAGGACCUGAGAAUGAAGGCAGUAGAUGAAGCCUUAUUAUAUUCAAAAUAAGUUAAACUCAAUUAAUUGGAAGACUUCUUCGAAUAGCGAGUAUUUAUGUUUUGUUAUCAUAGAUUCACGCCUAACGAACAAAUGAACUUUACCAUCUUAAAAACUAAGUUAUAAUGCUUAUUCUUAUAUAAUUGUUAUAAGGUUUGGUCGGUAUAUUUACUUGGGAAAUCUUGUUUUUUGUUAAUGACCCCAUCAAUUUUGCUAUUGUGGCCAUAAUGAUGCAAAAUUAUGAUAAUAUCGUGAGAAUCUUGUAAGAUUUACCAAUGCAGUUUAAAAAUUAUUCAAUGAGUAAGAACUCUAUUGAUCGAAUUGAAAACUACUUCAAUCAAAGGGAAUGCAAUCAGUUAGACUAUGCAAUAGAAUAAUCAAAUGUGGCUAUUGAUAUUUAGAAUUGCUCAUUUGACUGGGAAAAUAACGAUUAAAUGAAUAAGGAAGUUGAAGAUGAAUAAAAUGAUGCAACUCAAAAAAAUACAAGUGUAUUCAAUAUCAAUUUGAAUAUUUAGAUAAAUAAGGGGUAGUAUGUGGCUUUUGUUGGAAAGUAUUUUAUAUUAUUAAAUCUAAUUAGAUCUGCUUCAGGUAAAUCUACCAUUCUUAGAUCCAUCUUGGGAGAAACCCAUAAUCAAUAUGGAAAGAUCUCAGUAAAUGGACGCAUAAGUGUGGCUACUCAGGAUCCUUGGAUCAUUAGUGGGACUAUCAAGAAGAACAUCACUUUUAUGAAUUAAUUUGACAGUAUCAAAUAUAAAGAGGUUAUCAAAUGUUGUGGAUUGGAAAGAGAUAUUGCAUCAUUUAAAAAUGGAGAUGAAACUGUUUUAGGAGAGAAAGGUGAUAAUCUCUCUGGAGGACAAUAAAAGAGAAUUAAUUUGGCUAGAGCCGUAUAUAAUGAUGCUGAUAUUUAUUUAUUAGACGAUCCUAUGAGUGCACUCGAUAUUAAAGUUAAAUAUCAAAUAAAUCAAUAAUGUAUUUAAGGCUACUUGAAAAAUAAAACUCGUAUUCUCUUUACUAAUUCAUUAUCGAAUCUGUAGGAGUGUGACAUGAUUUAUAUAGUUGAAGGUGGAAAAAUCAUUAAGUAAGGCAAAUUUGCAUAAAUUAUUGGUGUUGAAAACAAUAAACUAUUGUCUUAAAAGGAAAUCAUUGAUAUAUAAUUCGAAGAGAAGCAUUACACUCCAGAAUUAACAGACAACCAAGAUCUAAGAUCAAGUUUGAUUUAAAAAGAAGAUUAAGAAAAAGGAUAGGUAUCAAAGGCAGUUCAAUCUUAAAUCUUCAGAUUUAUAGGAAGAUAUUGUGCCAUCCUUUGUGCAAUACUAUAUUUUGUUAUUGUUCUUGCUUGUUAAUUAUUUGGCAAUUUCAUUAUGGCUCAGGAUGAUAUAUCGGAUGCUGAUUACAAAGUGUUGGCAUAAACCUAUUAUCCAUUUAUAUAAGCGCCAAUUAUCGUUGCAAUGGUCUUUAUGAAAAGCUAUUACUUGAUUAAAGGGUUGAGCACUUCAAAGGUUAUCCAUGAUAAUGUUAUGAAUAGCUUAUUAAAUGCUUCAUACACUAAAUUUUAUAAUACUAUUCUCAUCGGUAGACUGAUGAAUAGAUUAAGCAAGGAUAUCUAUAGUAUUGACUUAUUGUUUCCGAAUGAAAUUCAGAAUUUAACCUAUCAAUGCACUUCUUUGUUAUUGCCCUUAUUUGCAUGUUUCCUUUAUUUGAACAUAGCGGCACUACCUUUACUAUUACUGUUUUUCAUCAUUCUAUUAUACUUGACAAUCAUCUAUUAUAGAUGUUUGAGAGAAAUAACAAGAAUAGAAGCUGUUUCUAAAAGCCCAGUUUUUUCUUUCUUUUAGUAGAUUGUCAGAGGAGUGACUUACGUUAGAAGUUGCUUACCUAUUGAUAAGGUGAUAGCCUUACAAUAAAAAAAUGUGGAUGUUGAUUUGGGAAAUCAAAUUAAUUUGUACGGUUUUUAAUAUUGGUAUCAGUCUUUGGCAGGCUCCAUAACCAAUUGCUUCUAAGCAUUGUUAUUUAUCAUUUGUGUAAAUUUGUUAGAUUAACGUAGUUUCUAUUUCCAGGGAAGACCCAAAAGAUGACAAACCUUGUGUUGCAAUAGAUGUAAACUGUUUCAACUUUAUUGUUAAACUCUGCAAUUUCUUAUGGGAACAUACAGAUGUACUUCAUCAGUUUCGAAAGAUGUUUGCAUUUAGCAAAGUAAAUUGUAUUAUAAAUACCGUUUAGUAAAAUUGAAUUGGAGGAAAGGAAUCAUCCAUUGAUUACUCCAACUGGACAAAUUAAUUAAGCUAGCAAGCCAAAAUCAGACAUAGUCUUGAAACUUGAGAAUUGUACCUUCUAAUAUAGAUCUAAUUCAAAAAGUGUCUUAUAACAAAUGUCUUUGGAAUUACAUAAAGGAGAGAAGGUAAUCAAUUAACAUCUAUGGCAAGAUUGGUGUAGUUGGAAGGACUGGAGCAGGGAAGAGUUCCAUCAUUUUAGCCUUGACUGCAAUCUUGGAACAAAUCGAAGGGUAAAUUGAAAUUGAGGAUCAGAACAUUAAUUCAUACUCUCUUACUGAAUUGAGAUCGAAGUUUUCCAUUAUUCCCUAAGAUCCCUUGAUAUUUAUGGGGACAUUAAGAGAAAAUUUAGACCCCUUAAACUAAUUUAGUGAAGCCAGAAUCCUAGAUGUAGCAUAAAAGUGUAGAUUGUUUGAAAUGCAAAGCUUUAAAAAAUAUGGAUUAUAAAGUGAAAUUGCUCUAUCAGGAAGUAAUUUGUCUUAGGGAGAGAAACAAUUGCUAAAUAUCACAAGGUGCAUUCUUGAGGAUAAGCAAAUUAUAUUAGUUGAUGAAGCCACUGCUAACAUCGAUUAAAAUACAGAAGAGCAUGUUAAGGAGGUAAUAUUGUAGAUAAAUUAAACCUUAGAUUUUUGAAAAAUACUUUUAGAAUGCUGCUAUGUUGACAAUUGCACAUAAAGUCACUACUAUUAUGAAUUCAGAUAAAAUAAUGGUGUUAAAUGAUGGCAAGAUUUCUGAAUUUGAUCAUCCUCAGAAAUUAUUGGCUGAUCCCAAUAGUGAAUUUAAAUUAAUUAUAGAUCUUAUCAAGUAAUCGGAGUAAUUGUGA